GUGAAGAGCAGCAUGGCAGAUGACUUCAGCCAAUCCCUCACCCCUCCAGUCUCCCCUACAGAUGGUCUAUGUGAACUUUCCCCAGCUAGACCACCAUGGUUCUGCUGCUCUGAAGCUAAAGAUGAUCCAGUUGGAGAACUCUCAAGUGAGGGAUAUACUGGUAGAGGGUCACUCAAAAGGCUGCUGCUGUGUCUUGAUCCAGCUCCUGCAGACUAUGAGAGUGACACAGUGGAAAUCUUUGGUUUAACCUGGGUUACGGAGACUGCACUGGUUGAAUCCACAAAGCUACUCUUUGGCCUACUAAGGCAAAAGAUAUACAGGCUCGAGAGUAUGGCACAACAAAUUUCCCAUGACUUUGGUCAAAGAGGCAACCUUCACUAUGAAGCUUCUGAGCUCAGAGAGCAGUGUGUUUCAUUUCUUCAAUAUGUUAAAGUCUUCCUACACAGAUACCUGAAGGUAUCCUACAGCCUUGAUGAACAUCCACCCCAUCCCUAUGAAGAGUUGGAAGGUCGAGUUCCAUCUGUUCUACUAGAAGAGUUGUUUGGCAUCAUCCUACUCAUUGGACGUCUUAAAGACCUGCCUGCAAACAUUCAGAAUGCUUUCACUAUACAGAACCCUGCAAAGAUUUUUCCUCCUUCAUGGCAUUUGUUGCACCUUCACCUUGACAUCCACUGGUCAGUUUUGGAGAUCCUCCACUUAUUUGGCAACAAGAUGCAAGGCCAGGUAGUGUACGCGCAUCAGUUUGUGGACCUUACGGGAGAGAACUUGACUGAUACCAGCCUGUUUGAGGAUCACAUUUGCAACCUCCUUUGUGACCUUACUGGUCUGGCCAUGGGCAAGUACAGCAAGGUGAGGCCUACGGAGGUUCUUAGCGGCCAUCAUUACUUCUGCUCCUGCACCAAAGAACUUUGGAUCCUGAUAAUUCACCUUUUGCAAUAUAGGAAUCUAAGACUACACUCACAGUCUUUUUGGGGCUAUAUGAAUUCAUUGUUGAGGCCUCUUGUGUCGGGGAAACCUGCAGCAGAGCAGUUCAGUGGCCUACCGACACAUUGCAAGGAUCCUCUUGGAUUCACAUGGUGGCUGCUAACUCAUUUAGCAAUGUUAGGCCAGUACAGUCAAAAUGGCAUUAUCCAGGAGGAGAAAUCCUUAGAAGACAAUUGGACAUUUGUGGAAGAGUUGGUUAAGUUGACUUGUAAACCACAGGGAAGUCUUGGAGAGGAGCAGGUCAGGAUGCAUGUACAUUGCUGUCUGUCUCUCUGUCUGCUGUGGAAACCCAGUACAAGCGUCGUCUCCAUCCUCUGGGACUACUACAGCAAAAACCUGGGUGCCACAUUCACUGUGCCGUGGCUUGGUGUAAGCGGACUGGGCACUUUGUGCAAGACGCCCCUGUCUCUGUUGGAGCAGGCCCGCAACUUCUGUGAGCCAUAUCCCCUCCGCUCUCCAGAACACACCCAGCUGUACCGUUCAGCCAGUUCAUUCCACAUCUUCCUGCGAGUGCUGGCCCUGUGCCUGUCUCAGGAUAGGGUGGGGGGAGUGCCACAGAGACAGAUCAAAGGAAGGAUUUGCUCAAAGUUCUAUUCAAAGAAGAUGCAGGAGCUGUCAGAGGCCGGGCUCAUGAACUUCCUGCUCCUGUUUCUGGUGGUUGCCAGGAAAGUGGAGCUGGAAGAUGUUGCCAGUAAAACCUGUGAGCUGCUGGCUUACCUGCCAUCUGACUGUCCCCCAGGACACCGCACACUGAUAUGGAGGGGACAGCUGUCAAUGGUGUUGUUAUUUCAGGAGAGGGGCUUGGAUCUUGGCCCCCUAGCUAGUGGGUUGGCUACAUCCUUCAAUCAUACCGCUAAGGAGUUCUACAAUAAAACUACAGAGGUGUCUCGUAAACUUGCCCUGUGGGGGCCUCUGGGAUCAUACCUGGAAGGAGUGGCUGAAGUCUUUGAAACAAGUACCUGGCUCAACCUAUCUGAGGAAAAACUGCUCAAUGAAGGCUUUGUUUGGUUGCUGCCAGCCUGUCGUCAGUCCGAACUCAACUCCGUGCUUGGCUUCCUGCAGACUGUCCUUGCCCAACUCAGACGGGCACAUCAGUGCUGUGUCCGGUCAGGACCCAUCUUGACCCGGAUGACUACCAAUAAUGUUGUGAAAGAGCCCCACCUAGCGGUAGCAGUAGCACUCUGGGCCCACUUCUUCCCCUUCCUCCGUGAUUUACGCCUCUCUCAGACACCUCCGGCCCAGUUGGCAGAUGCGGCUGCAGGCUUCACUCUUCUGGCAUUCGAGCUGCCCACCUCUGCCCCACAUGACCUUCAACCCAAUCCAGUUCAGUCCAUUUUACAGUGCUUUGGCUGGGAUGACAUGGUUCAUCCAUUUCUAGUCACGCGCUAUCUUCCACAUCUACUUCAAAACAGAGAUCUGAUGUCUUCACUAAGCGGUGAUCGUGGCAUCGCUGUGUCAGGAUCGUCACAAAGUUUAACAGUCAGAGCCUGGUUCCGAUGUGUUCUGCAGCAACAUCUUUACAAGAGCCCGGAUGGUUCAGACAGUCGAGCAGACCAAGCUUUGGAGGAGCAGCUUAGCGAACUGACCCGCCUGGUGCUGAUACUUCCUGAAGUGGACAGUCUCCUGCAGGAAGCAAACCUUUGUCCAACUCCCACCGUGACAAAGCCUACUGCAGCCCUGGAAAUGUUUGUAAAGGCUGUAGGUGCCGUGUACAGCAAGCUGCAAGUUUUGUCUGAGCGUUCAGCCAUGGUGAUAAGAGCCCUGGACUACAUAGGAGACAUUCUUAAGCACAUUAAACCCUCCUUGGUCAAUAAAAAUCAGAAAGGAAUUCAGCUGGCCUAUUGGGCUGUAGGCUGUGUAGUGAAGCACUGGAGCCCCCUGCUGGUCACAUCCAGGGCACAGCAGUUGCUCUUUCGCACUGUAGACAAGCUGCUACUCCCCCACAACCUCGCUCAGCAAGACAAAGCUCUCAGGGACAGUCUGCCACUCUAUCUACAGGGUCUGUCAGUGGCUUCUAGUAUGUCCCAGUCACAAGGAAUGUACCUGAAGCAGCAGCUUUGCUCCAUCAUCCGGAGAUAUCUUGACUAUUUCCUUCCCGCAUCACCAUCAUUGGGCAGCGUUGCCAAUCAUCCAGUGCUUCUCAGUGCAUGCGAAGACAUCCCAAAUGGUCACGGGUCCUCACUGAGGAAGACCAUCCUGCAGGUGCUCUGCGAGAGCUUCCUUCAGUUCAAAGGUCAUUACCCUCCACCUCGCCUCGCGUCAGUCCUGUUAUUCCUGUCAGAACUUCUGAGACGCAACAGUGACUCGGACCCUGUCCUUCUUGCUCUGCCGCUCCCUUCUCUACUGCGCUGCUUGAUGCUAGUCAGUGACCCUCAAGUGAGGAAGCUGAGCACUGAUGCCGUGCAACUUGUGGUUGAGCGAUGUGCUGCCGUCUCCGAGCAAGGACCAUGUGAGCAAUUGAUAUCUGUGUUAAGGUUAUUUGUGGCAGAGAACGAAGGAGUCUAUGAUAGGCAGGUUUACAUUGUUCUCGAGACUGUAGCUGUUUUAGAUCCCCCGGUUGUGAGUGCCCUCAUUCCCAACCUGUCGCUCGCGCUGAGAAACAACGAACACAAGAGAGGACAAGGCAAGAACGCCACCUUAAGAAGCGCAUACAAGAAACUACUGUCUCUUCUCGGGGACACUGGGCAAGCCGCAAUAACAAGUUUGGAAGCAGACUAA